AUGGCGGCCGCAGUCGCGCGCCGGGGCCUCCUUGAGGCGCUGCCCCCAGCGGGGGGGGAGGGGAGCGACCCCGGCUUCCGCCCCGCCCCCCCCGGCCGCGGCCGCCCUCCAGGUGCCAGAUGAGGCUUGGCGGCUUGGUUCGAGGUGGAGUGCGAUAUACUGGGAGCACUAUUUCUAGCAGACUACAAAAGACCAUCCUUCGAAAAUCAGAUAAGCAGUCAGAGAACCUGUAUGCUCUUCUCCCCCUCCUUUCAGCCCUUGGGUAUGUGACUGGCUCUUUUGCAGAUGUGCAGGAUUUCAAAGGACAGCCAGACAAUCCUGGUAGCCACACUCAGCCCAAAAGCUGCACACUGAAAAUCUCGAGCGCUCUGCACUGUGCCAGUCAAGCCUGCAGCACUGUCAGUGAGGAGAAAGUCAAGGCGGAUUCCAGUACAGCGCUGAUGCGAGUGUGGUGCCCAGCAGCUUGUGGCCGAGGACUGGUGCCGACAACCGUUCACAAUGAAAGAAAGCAACUGAGUCCUGCAGAGGUGACACUCAGCUGGAAAACCUAAAUGAUCGUCCAUAUUGCACCCAAAAGAGAUGGAAGGAGUUGGAGUGUGUGGCAGGCCUAAUCUGAGAAGUGGCUUAUUCUUAAGAAGCAAAGAGAAACAUCCAUAUGCAUGUAAAUGAGGAUACCAAGGAGUACUUGAAUUGUGGAAUCUGCAUCGGUAUCAGUGUGUGGUAUCAGCACCAAACAGCAGGUUCUGAAGUUUUCAGAUGUGUGAAACUAAAACAAUUGAGAUGGCAGGCAUGCAGUAUACCUUCACAACCCUGUUGGUGGGAGGGAGGUCUCCUUGCACUGGAUGGACAUCUCUCAACUCUAAGAACUCUGUUAUUUCUAAUUUAUUCUGAGAUGGAUGGAACAAAGGCUGACUUCAGGAACAAUAACUGCCUUAGGAAGGCAGCUGGCUGGCUUGAGUGUUUGCUCUGUGUGGACCAGUGCAGAUACGAUGGCGAGCUCUUUGAACUGGUGGCCAUGGCUCUGCCCCAUAGCAAGGAGCAAACAGAUCGCAGUGCCCCCGUGUUCACGUGGCUGCAGGAAAUCCUCCAGGGAGCUGUGAAAUCCCAAGGAAGCUUCCAGCAUGCCACUGCUUUCUGGACUUGCUUUGCAGCUGAGGAACCUGCAGUUGGUGGCUGUUCCAGACCAGGUGUGACUUUAGGCAGAAGGAUGAUGAGGUGCCAAUUAUUAGCCUUCACUUGCUGGCUAUCCCCUUUGCUCUGAGAGGAACGGGAAGCCUGGGAGGCAUUCUUGCCAAAGCCUUCCUUGAUGCCAGCCAAAGCGUGUUUGAAGUCUUAUUUAAUUCCAGUGAGUGAUUAUGGAAAUCAGUUCAAAUUAAAAUCCAAAGUACUUGUUUAGGUAAGGUUAGAAACUCGGGCAACAUUCACUAGCCCAAGAAGCUUUUCUUCACCCCCUUGAAUGUGCAUGAAGGAUAGUUUGUAUGCCUGUGACAGAGAAGGGUGAAACGGCCUGGAUGCCACAUCUCUUGCUACCAGAAAACUGCAUUUUGUGCUGUAAGGAAAAGGUGGUUAAUUUGGUCUGAGGCAUAGUCUACUGUCUGCUGGGGAGCUCCAGCUCUUUCCAGUGCAGAGUGUUGUUAGUUCAAGCUCCAUAUGAAACUUAAGUCUAACUGCAAGUUUGAAAACCACUUUUCACCUGAAGAUCCUUGGUCUAAACUUUUGCUCUUCCUCUUGCCCUUUGCUCCCCCCAUCUUGGGGGAAGUGGGAUCCAGAUUUGGCAAAACCGCGGCCAGUCCCGGAGCCCCCUCGCAGCGGUGCCGCGUGCUGCGCCAGCCGCCGGUGCUGUGUGCCCGCCGUCGGUGUGCGCCGGGCCCUUUCCCCACUGGCAGCGGGGGCUAAGCAGAUGGGAGCAGCUGCCUCAAAGGUCCAUUCUUCUGCCAGAGAUUUAUUGCGACGAGCAGAGGCGCUGGGAUGCGAUAAUUGCCUUCAUUCCCGGACGAAGACCCUGGUGAACAAAAGGCAGUUGCCCGUGAAUCCAUGGUGUGACUCAAGCAUCCGCUCGGAGGGGAGGAGUGAGAGCUGUGUGCCUGUUGCUGUAGCAAAAGCGAAUGGGUGUUAAUCAAAAGGGCAGCUCUGCCCUUUGCAGCAGAGAGCACAGCAGCCCUGCGGAGGUGGCCUGGGCCCUGCAGCCUUCGAAUCCGCCCUCCCGCACUGCCCCGGGGCCUCUGCUUGGGGGAACGCCAGAGCACUAGCGCUGCCGGCUCCGCUCCGCGAGGAAAGCGCGCCAGGGACGCGCUGCGAGCGUCCUGGGGAGCUCCUGCCUCUGACCCCCUGCUCUGCAGCCCUGCCCCGCUCAUCGCGUCAGGCCAGCGCUUCUGUUUGUCCUCACAGAAGCUCUUCUAGAGCUGGUCGUCUUCACCUGGACUCCCGACCCUGCUCCUGCUCAUCGUAUCAGCACGGCCUUUUUUCUUCUCCUGCUGGAGAGCUCUGUUAGAGCUAGCCUCCUUCCCCGGACUCCUGUGGACACUAUUACACUCUUGCUGCCAGCAGGAUCUCUAGUAACUUCCCCGCUGCCUUAUUUUUCUGCGAAGAUAAUGUUCCAGAUUUCCUGCGGUAGCGUCGUCGGGGACCUCCGUGGAAAAGUGCGGAGCUGGUGCUGCUAGCAGGGGUCGAGGAGCAGGGCGCAUCGCGGGCGCCACUCCGUCAGCAGAGCGCGGGGCUGCACGGUGGUUGCAGGCUGGCCGCAAAGAGUGAAAGCUUCCCGGUUGGUCAGCAUGUUUAGGAGAGACUUGAGGCCUGAACCUUGGUUCUUCAGCUUUCUGGUUGGUAAUCUGUCUGGGAGUCUCUUGGCCUUUGCAGCCGUUGCUGAGAAUCAGACUUCUACUGAUUUUGCUUCUGUCACGAUUGAGACCUUAAGACACAUGUACGAAUAUGUGGCCACUCCUUCGGACUGGUGGCAUGCAGACAGAUACUGUGAGCAACGCUUUGCUCGGCUGCUUUUUGAACCCAGAGACAGUGAGCGAGCUUCCUUUAGCAAACUGCUGCAGUCCCACCACAUCAAGGACUCUGUCUGGUUAAAUGAAAUGAAUGGUGUCCUGCCCAAACCAAAAUGGAGACAGGACCACAUUGUACCAGUCCUGGUGUUUGGAGACAAAACAGACACAAAAUAUGUGAAGGUGCUUUCUGAAUUCCCAGCACUGCCUGCUGUCACAGCCUGUGCCCACCUCCAGUGGGACACCAGGACCCAGGAGAUUGCUACCAUCUUCUCAUAUGCUGUGCCGGCUUUUAUUAAUGAGUUCCAGCUCCGUGGCUUUGUCGACGAGGAAGGCUUUGUUCGGUUUGCUCUCAUUGUCCACGGGCACCAUUCCCCCUAUCUGCCCGUGUUUCGUGCUGAUGGGCACUGGCAUCACUUCUGCGUGACCUGGCAGCAGGAAAAUGGGACCUGGGCCAUUUAUGCUGAUGGUAAAAGGAGGGCAUCUGCCAGUGGCUUGUGUGCUGUGGGGCUGUCUGCCCCCCAGGCCAUCUAUGGCCAGGGGACUUUCAUAAUAGGGCAGGAUCAAGAUUCCCUGGGGGGCACCUUCAGGGAGAAGGAGUCUUUCAGUGGGAACAUCACCGACUUGCACAUCUGGCAAAAAGUGCUCAGCAUGGAGCAGAUUGAGAGAGUUCGGUCAUGCCAUGUGGUAGAACAAGAGCUUGUAUUUGGGUGGAGCUCAAAUGCUCUGGAGGUUGAAAGCACCGUUCAGCAAGUGACUGCACAGUUUCUUUGCCCAGGGCCUGUUGAGGAAUGCAGAGUUUUUGAAGUUGGCAGCAGUGGAUUCAGUUACACGUCUUGUUUGCAGUCCUUGCCUUUUAUCUGUUGCUACAGAAAGGAUGCGUAUUUACAACUGAAAAAAGUUCAGCUGGAAUCCAGCCACUCGCUUGUCACCCGUGUGAACGUGCUUGCAGCUAGGACUGUGAUUCCUGAGAACAUACUCACAGGUGAUGUCCAAGACAUGAACCUCUCUGUUGCUCUUGGUGCUCUUGAUAUCCUGGCAUCUGUCCUGAGGGAAGGAGAGACACCUGUGGAGUCAUCUGACCUCCUUGGGGUGCUUCAGUUACUAAAGCAAGUUUCUGAUGUGGAAGCCGAGGAUGGAGAAGAGCCAGAGAUGUUGGAACAGUUGAGCCAAUACUAUGUGGAAGUGACUGGGUUAAUCCUGGAAGAGCACAAUACUGAAGCGUGGUUAUCGGUCAGCCAGGUUAUCGGAGGGCCUAUGGCUGUUGUCGAGAUCUCCGACAGAGUGGUGUCAAACUUAGCCCCGUUGCUGACUGCAGGGAGGACGAAGAUCACAAUCCAGCAUGGGAAUGUGGGGAUGGAGGUCAGAAAGCUGGAGCUGAGCAAGCAGGAGCCAAGCAGUGAGGUGUACCUGAUCCAGAGCCCUGAGAGAGAUGGACACGACCUUAUCGAAGUUCCCACGGAAGAAAUGCAAAGACUGAAAGCUAAAGGUCUCAGCAGAGUCAUUGUGAAAAACAUGUGGUUUGGCUAUGGCUCCCUCCAGCGCUGCCUGGCCGGCACUGGCAGCAACGCUGUCUUCCAGGAUGUAGCUGCCUCUGACGGAGGACGGAAGUACCUGAGCACCACGGUGGGCACUGCUGUCAUUUCAUCCGCUCUGCUCAGCGACUACCAGGAGAUUAGCACAUCUGUGCGCUACCACCUGCAACACCACACUGAGGACCUGCCCGAUAAGCUGGUGGGGCCCAUCUGCGCCUUCUGGAACUUCAGCCUCAGCCCAGAUGCUGGUGGGAUGUGGUCCACAACUGGCUGCUCAGUGGUGACUUCUCUCCUGGAUUCCACAGCUUGUUUUUGCAACCACACCACAAACUUUGCAGUGCUGCUGCAGGUGUAUGAGGUACCGAGGACCAUCAAGGAGGAGCUCAUGCUACAGACCUUGACGUUUAUUGGAUGUGGCGUUUCUUUCUGUGCCUUGAUUGUUACCUUCAUUUUAUUCUUGGUGGUCGGUGUUCCCAAGAGCGAGCGAACAACUGUGCAUAAGAACCUGAUCUUUGCAUUAGCUGCAGCAGAAGCUCUGCUCAUGUUCAGUGAAUUGGCCAAGACCAACCAGGUGGUGUGUUUCACUGUUACUGCCUUCCUCCAUCUCUUCUUCAUGGCAGCCUUUUCAUGGAUGCUGGUAGAGGGGCUUCUUCUGUGGAGCAAAGUGGUGGCAGUCAAUAUGAGUGAAGACAAGAGAAUGAAGUUCUACUAUGUGACAGGCUGGGGCCUCCCAGUUGUUAUCGUGGGUGUGACCCUUGCAACUUCCUUUAACAAGUAUGUGGCAGACAACCACUGCUGGCUGAAUGUUCAGACCGAUGUCAUCUGGGCCUUUGUUGGGCCUGUCCUCUUCAUCCUGGCAGUAAAUACAUUUGUGCUUUUCCGGGUGGUGAUGGUGACCGUGUCCAGUGCUCGCAGGAGGUCAAAGAUGCUGACUCCCAAUAGCAACCUGGAGAAACAGAUUGGAAUACAAAUAUGGGCCACAGCCAAGCCCAUCUUGGUGCUGCUGCCCGUGCUGGGGCUGACGUGGGUGUGUGGAGUCCUUGUCCACCUCAGCAUCAUCUGGGCCUAUGUCUUCAUUGUGCUGAACUCCCUCCAGGGCCUGUAUAUAUUCCUGGUCUAUGCAAUCUAUAACAGUGAGGUGAGGAAUGCCAUCCAGAGAAUGAAGGACAAGAAGAAAGCCCUCUCGUUCACAAACUGCUCUCAUCCUAUCAACUACUUAUCAAGCCCAAGAAACACAACCUCCUGGGAGACAGGGAAACUGAGUCCUUCCGCAGCUGAGAGCGCCCUGUCGAGUCCUGUGCAGAAAGAGCCCCCAGUGAAGAACAUCACCAACAGAGGAAACUUUGGAGCUAAAAUUCCCAUGGGGAUUUCAUCAAUUAUGUCACCAGAGAGACCGGCUGUAGAGCUGACAGCAUUCAAAUCCUCAGGUUUCUGAGAGGACGUUCCUGGGUGUCUUACCCGCGACGCCACGGCUCUUCGGACAGCCAGGAGGGCGGCAGGUCGGAGCAAUUGACUUCCACGGGGAGGGUUGCCCCAUCCAAGGCAGAGCUGUUAACCUUGUGCUUCUUCCUACCAGCAUGCGUGGACUAAACUAAGGCAAGGCAGGGUAGCGUGGGGUCUCAGGGGGCCGCUGGACUUCAUCUUCUAACGAAGACUAGCCUGCUCCUGCCCAGGGGCACGCAAACCAUGCAGACACUCGCCACGACUCCUGCCCGCCUGGCGUGGCUGGCCGCGGGGGACGGGACGGGCAGGCACCCUCGGUCCCCGUGGCUCCAGCAGCAGUGCUGCUCUCGGGGGUGGGUGCUGCACCCCGGCCUCUGCCGGGCACGGUGAGCUCUGCUGCCAGAGCCCCACGGUACCCCUGGCAGCACCACCUCGUAUUUCUUCGUUGUUGUUGCCCGUAGAGCUUGUUUUGCUGGGAGGACUUGGUGAUACGGGCAAAAGCAGAGUUUUGCCUGUAGCAACAGCGUCCUGGUGCUGCCGGCAUGGUGCACCGCGUGCCCGUGCAGGCUGGGUAGCCUUGCUUUCCCGGCUCCACCGCUGGGCAGGGCAGGGUAGGGCAUGGUGCACACACAGGCACACACGCACCAAGGAGGGCAGCGGCUGGCUUGGAUUCUUUUCUAAACCAGCUGAUUUUAAUAGCAUCUUUUGCUGUAUUUCUGACUCUUACUGCUCCUGCCUGGGCUUCCUAACCGGUUGGUGUAGCUCUCCUCUACAGCUGGGGUUGUUUUCUCUUGCUUUCUGUUCUCUGUGUCAGGCUAUUUCUUCUGUUACUUUCCUAGUGUUUAGAGCACAUAAAAUGUGUUGGGUUCUUUGCUGAUUAUGGUGACAGUAAAUGCUGAUUUUUAAAGGCAA